ACGACAUCGUCGAGAUUUCAAAACAAGAAUAUUCAUGAAGUUGCAAUCGUGAGAGGAGUUACUGAAUGACAGGACGGCUUAUAACUCACUACUAGUAGCCUAUAUCAUGACCAUUAUGUAGGAAAAGGUCGCGGCACGAAACGCAAAGCGAGCGCCGAGGUGGAAAUGGAGGCCGUCGCCGUGAAGGGGAAGAUGGGUAAAGUAGAGGAGGACGACACGGAGACUGUUACAGAGGGACAAAGAGUGGUCAUUGAACACUGUAAAAGCUGACGAGUGUACGGCCGUAAUGCCGAAGGGGUCAGGAGUGCCCUUGUGGCCGCCCACCCUGAGCUCACUGUGGUUUUGAACCCACAAAAGCCUCGGGGUAAAAGUUUUGAAGUAAUACUGGUUAAAGGGGAGAAAGAGGUAUGUCUCUGGUCGGGUAUAAAGAAAGGCCCACCUCGCAAGCUGAAGUUCCCUGCGCCAGAUGUAGUGGUUUCUGCCCUGGAGGAGGCACUGAAGACUGAAUAGACACCACUAAUGAAGCUGGUCCUGUAGGUUUAAGAAGCUGUACACAGAAUGAUGAGGAAGGACCAAUGGGGUUGCCACCCAGUCUUUCCUCUGAUGACCCGUGUCAAGCUCCUCUAGCCCGGAAACAUAGUGACAUCUAGUGGCCUGUCUGUGAAGUGGAGCACAUUUUCUCUGGCUAUUGACUGUAAUGGUAUAAGUCAUUUUCUCCAUAAAUCCUAGUGGAAAAACAUUUUUUUUAAUAAACAAUUAUUUUCUUCCUAUUGGGUAUUUUUGGACCUACUUGUGUUUUGUGAUGGAUUACACAAGCUCAGUGUUUGGACUGUAAAUAUCCAGGACAAUAAUUAUUUGAGUAGAAUUCAUGCAGACCUGUUGAUUAACGUUUCCUUGUCAUGACUAGAUUUAGACGGUUAGUCUGAAUGAAAAUCGACCUUAUUUUAUCUAAAAUCUCUUAUGAGAUGAAUGAAUGCUAUAAUGAAAAAAACACUCCGAUAUUGCCAAUAGGUUUUUGGGGAUUAUCAACCUCCUCUGUAUGCACUACUGUUCAAAAGUUUGGGGUCACUUAGAAAUGUCUUUGUUUUCCAUGAAAACAUGUGUGAAAUGAGAGGGAAUAUAGUAAUUGACAAGGCUAGAAAUGUUGUUUUAAAAAAAUAUAUAUUGUAGGAGGAAAUUGACAUCUCCCACUUCACCACCAAAGUAUGUUUCUUAAACAAGACACUGUGUCCUUUUGCUCAGAAGCGGGGCCUCCCACUUUUUGGUUAGAGCCAUUUUGCAAUGUUCUGUAAAGGAAGUAGUACACAGCGUUUUACGAGAUCUUCAGUUUCGUGACUGUUUCUCAGAUGGAAUAACAAUUUUGCCGAACAAGAACCGAUUGACCCGUUUCAGAAGGUACUUUGUUUCUGGUCAUUUUUAACCUGUAAUCAAACCUAUACUUGCUGAUUCUCCAGAUGCUCAGCUAGUCUUAAGGCCAGUUUUAUUGUUUCUUUAAUCAGCACA